AUGCAUCUUCCCCAAUAUGCGCUCUCCACGGUCGUUUUGUCCACAGGCGUGAAUGCCUUCUACCCAUACCUCCGGACCUCCGUCGCCAACUCGGCUUUGGACCGCCGAUUCUAUCCCUAUCAGUUCGGUGCAUCUGUCGACGAUGACACUGCCGGCCUCCCCACCUUGCCUCUCAAAAAACGCUCUACUCCGAGACGACGAGACAAUCAUUACACAGUCAUCGAAGGAAACCCCCCGUCAACCCCGAACAGCGUAGCCGUCAAUGAUGAUGGCCAAGAUUUCUCAUACUUUUUCCCCAUGGAGUUUGGUUCGAAAAACCAGUCGAUGUGGAUGCUUUUCGAUACUGGAGGUACCAACACCUGGGCGUUUAGCGAUGACUGCACCGUGAAGGCGUGCGAGAUGCACAACACAUUCGGUUCUAGCGACUCGACAACCUUGCAGACGUCCACUGACCCAUUCAACGUUGGCUAUGGAACUGGCACAGUGACCGGAAUCCUGGGCAAUGACAUUGUUUCGUUUGCCGAUUUCAGCAUGAACCUCACCUUUGGUCUGGUCAACAAUGCGUCCAGCGAUUUCGAGGACUACCCCAUGGAUGGAAUUCUUGGACUGGGCCGCUCAAACUCUAGCACCACCGGCACUCUUACGGCGAUGGAAACCAUUGCUCAAUCAAAUACCUUACAAUCAAACAUCAUCGGCAUCUCCUUGCAACGAAGCUCAGACGGCGCGAAAGACGGAGAAAUCACAUUCGGUGGCGUCGACGACACCAAGUUUACUGGAAACAUCACUUAUACCGAUACUUCUUCCGAUACAACCCAAUGGCGAAUUCCACUGGACGACGCCGUCGUGAAUGGCCAGCCGCUUAACUUCACCGGCAAGUCCGCCAUUAUCGACACCGGAACAUCGUACAUUUUUCUCCCUCCCACCGACGCUGCUGCAGUUCAUGCGUUGAUAUCUGGGUCGGCUCCUGAAGGGGAAAAUUUCAAGAUUCCAUGCUCAUCGAAUACGACUGUGCAAUUCACAAUUUCCGCAGUAACAUAUGAUGUUUCACCCAAGGAUUAUGUCGGCUCUACAGCUGAUAACACUGGGACAACGUGUUAUUCCAACAUCAUUGGUGUCCAGACUUCCGGUGCUGACACUUGGCUCCUGGGAGACGUGUUCUUGAAAAAUGUGUACAGCGUCUUCGACUUUGACCAGAACCGGAUUGGCUUUGCUGCUCGUAAUGGCACCGUUGCGACGACGUCGGCGAACACUGCUGCAACCGCCGACUCAACCAGCCCGGCUACAGCCAGCGCAGACUCUCCUACCGGUACCGCUGCUGCGGCAACCCAAAGCCCAGUUCAAACUGGCAGCGCCGCCUCAUUCGCCCAUUCGAAGGCUGCUCUUCUGGCUGGUGCUAUAUCCAUUUAUACCCUCGUCUACGUAUAA